AUGCUCCGGGGCGGCCUGCCCGCGCACUUUUCAGAGCCACACCGCGCGCCCUCGCAGCCCGACGCCUGGCCUUCACGAUCUAUCCUGCCCCGCGCGGUCUCCCGUCUUCCUCAUGGACCAACUCGACGCCGCAAGCCCCGCCAGCCCGGCGGGUCCGACUGGAUCGUCUGGUCAGGUAGGCCGAAAUCUGAAGACCAUCUGAUCAAAGCUUGGGCCCUGGCUGACAAUGAACCCUCCCCAGUUCCUACUGCCUUCAACCUCCAACUGGCCUGCCGCCUCCGACUGGCCUCCAGUCUUGCUCUCGACCGUCGAGUCCCUAUUGUCGACCCCCCAAGGAAGCAGGCCAAAUGGCAACUGACGGCGAGGUGUGCGUCCCACUCAGAUUCGGAUCAGCAGGACCAAGACCAGUACCAGGACGUGUUGAUGCUGCGGGCCCCCGACGGCAGCAACGUCGCCGAGACCAUACUCGACAUCGUGACGGCCAUACGCGAGCUCAUGUGGGAUCCCUCCCACGAGUACUCUGGCACAGUCGCGUUCUACAACAUCUCGCCCGACGUCUUUAGCGAUUUCUACGAGCUCGUCGAGGAGCGACCUCAUUUCCACCUAUCAUACGUCCCAUCAGAGCUGGGCGGACUGUUAUCCUUCAAGAUGCAGGCGCCGGUACACAACGUGCCGGGCCGGCUGAUGGCUGAUCACAUGCUUCAACAAGCUCGCGACAUGGGCCGCUCCAACGAGAUAACAUUCAUAGGUGAGGCCACCAUGUCCGGUAAGAACGGUGUCUCGGCGAAGACCGCCGACGAGACAACCGUAUCCAUACACCGCGGCGUCAACGCUUACGAGACGCCUACCCUCCAGUUCCGCCAGAGCGACUCGGCCAACCUCGUUGUCCUGAUCAAGCUGUAUCGCAAUCAAUUUCGCCAGAUCCUAGUCGAGCUGUGGAGCCGACCAAGCCCCGACCAGCCAAUUGCCGCCGUGACGGUCCGUCUAGCCAAGCCCCUGGGCGACGAUACGGUGCCCCAGGAGCGCAGCGCGUGGAUUGUGACCGGUGCGCCGAUGCGCCUGCGCUUCGAGGACGUGCUGGACUGCCCCAAAGACCCAGCCCGCUCGGACACCGAUUUCACCUUCUCGGAAGAUUUCUUUUUCCACAUGGCUCGUGAAGUCCUCCGUGCAUCCAGGCUGACCCCUCCGGCGGUCAAGGAGCGGUACCGCGCAUAUCUGAUCCGGCACAGCGCGGAAGAGGCGCGCCUCAAGAAGAAGAAGCGACUCGACGAGGAGAUGAAGCGACUCGACAAGAAGAAGAGGCGCAUGCAGCAGGAGGAGGAGCGCCAGGAGCAGCUGCGUCAGAUGGGCGAGCAGAUGCGCAAGAUGGGCGAGGAGAAGGACGAGCAGAUUCGUCAGAUGCGUCAGAAGGACGAGCAGAAGGACGAGCAGCUGCGUCAGAAGGACGAGCAGAUUCAUCAGAUGGACGAGCAGAUUCAUCAGCUGUUCGAACUGGUGCGUCAGAUGGGCGAGCAGAUGCGUCAGCAGGACGAGUAG